CUCGCACAACACCCCGAUAGCUGACCACGCCCGUCUUUCAGUCAUUCAAGCGCCGCGCUCACUCCUCUCCCAGUCCCCUUUGUCUGUCAUCGACGUCCUGCAGUGGCGAAAUACGGACCUGCAACAAAGCCAGCAGGCGAACAAAAACGGCCACAACGCUGCAUCGCUGUGCCAUCACAACUUCCUCUACCUCCGUCCGCACCAUCUCCGGUACUUCAUCUGAGCAGAGCAGGCUGCCGCGGCGUUUGGAAGCCGCUCGUUUGAAUUCAACCUGCCACCGGUGAUCUCACCACCCACGUCGCAAACACCCUCGCCUUUUCCGCUCCGCAUUCGACAUGGCCUCAGACCCGCAGAAUGGUGUCGCCUCCGACACAGAGGCAUCAGAGAAGCCAGUGCGAGAGCAACUGAAGAAAGCCAGCAUCUCCAAGACUGCUUUGGCAGACGCAACUACCGCAAGCGAGGGUCAAGAGCAAGAAGAGCAAUCGCAGGAAGGCCACAGCGACGAGGUGGAGAAUGGUGGUGGCAACAGAGGCCGUCCGCAGAAGAAAAGGAGUUUCGACGAGGCCGCAGACGACGAGGCCGAGGAGAAGGCUACUUCCUCAACACGUCAACACACGCGCAAGCGGUCGAGAGAUAGUACGGCAGAGGAGGAAGAGUUAAACAACGGUUCCCGAAAGUCCAGCGACCGCCCACGAGACAGCUCGCAGAUUGGCGAGAAGGAUCCAGCCAACGGGCAUCUCCGUGCACCGUCAACCGCGCGCCAGCGUACACCAGACCACGCCGGCGAGAAGCGUGCAGACGCCCCGACCGAACAAAUGGCCAGCCCGAAGACUAAGAGAAGUCGGCUGCAAGUUGAAUCCGACGAGGCAUUGACCAACACUACCGCCAAAUCUACCAAAGAUGAUGAUGCAGAGAAGUCCGAACCUCCGGCUGAAAAGUCGAAUGCCAAGAUUCCAGCUGGCAGCGGCUUCGCAAACACCUCCACCUCCUCCCCAUUCGCAUCUCUCGCCGGCAGCAAGUCUCCCGCCUCAGACUCACAGACCUCAACCAGUGCAUUUGCCGCAUCGGGUUUCAGUGCACUUACAGGUUCGACAUCUGGGUUUGGGGCAAUCGGCAAGAGUUCGGGGGGGUUUGGAGCCGGGGGUAGUUUCGCCACCACCAGCAAAAGCACGACUCUGACGGAGGGUUCAAAGCAAGAUGCCGACAAGACGAAAUCGCCGUCGAGCAGUGCAUUUGGUGGAGCGCUGGGACAGCAGUCCGCCUUCUCUAGCGCCGGAACUGGAACUGGAACUGGUCUCAGCACGUUCGCCAGUGGUGCGUCCGGGUUCGGCAAGCUGGGUGGAUCAGGCGGGUUUGGGAGUACUUUCGGUGGGGGAAGUGGAUUUGGUGGCCUUGGAAGUGGUGGACUCACGACAUUUGCGAGCGGCAAGCCGUCUGCGUCUUUGUUGAGCAGCUCGAAAGCAACGAAGCCUUUGGGCGCGCCGGCAGACGAUGCAGAGGACGCGGAAGACGCAGGGGAGGAUCCCGGGCCCGAUGACUCCGGCUUCAAAAGCCCUAUUUCUCAAACGUCGGACAAGCAAGACGAACGCUUCUAUGCGCAGGAUCUGGAGACGGGCGAGGAGGAGGAGACGACCGCGUACUCCUGUCGCGCCAAACUCUACAACUUUGCCGACAUUGGGGAUGGGAAGAAGGAGUGGAAGGAGAGGGGGCUGGGGGUGGUGCGGCUGAAUGUCAGCCAUGGCUCUGCAGGAAAAGAGGAGACGCGGCUCAAAGCGAGACUGCUGAUGCGUGCGGAAGGCAGUCACCGGGUCAUUUUGAACACGCCGGUGAAGAAGGAGAUCAAAGUCGGGGCUCCGGAUGGCGGGAAACCGCAAGGUGGUAACGUGUUUUUCAUGGGCGCGGUGGAUGGGAAGGAGGGGUUGGAGUUGUUGCAGUUGAAGAUACGGCAGCAGUUCGCCACCGAACUCUACGACAAGAUUGCCGAGUUGCAGGCGGUGAUGUGAAUGAGGAGGGGAGAUUUGGCUGGAUGACUGUCUUUGGGGACAGUGGGCUGCUUGGACGUCUCGCCCGCUCUCAUCCAUCCUACACGGAUUGGACAUGAUAUGCAAGGAAGGGAGAUCCGCGGGCUUGCAUAGAAUCCGAGGCAUGGAAGUGCAUCAGUAGGAUAGAAGAGACAUCUCGCACAAAUUCGUCCACCCACGAA